AUGAGGCAAGAACUUGAAGGGCCGGGGAAGGAGGUCAAUGUUGGGGUUUGGGGUGGGGCAUCAUGCAGUGAUAUGAUGUUGAUGGUGGGGCCAAGGAUAGCCAAAAUAACUGAGGUGGUGCACUCAGGGUACAUGUGCAAUGACUGUGCAUUCAAACGUGUGCAAGAAGACCCCUUCAUUGUUCCGCCAGAACUGCAAGUUGUUUCAUGGCUUCAGACACAGCCAAAUAAGAUGCUCAUUGAGAGUGAUACGGAAGCCCCCUGGAAACAGCCAGAUGUGUUCAAUAUCACCCUUCUGAAUAAUGUUUUGCCUGAUGCUAAAGCCAAAGAGGUAUACUGCACCACCUGUGUACAAAAUGUGCUCACUAUUUUCUACGCUCCCACCACUUACUGGGUGGAUCAGGAUGUACGUAUCAUUGUUGCUGCCAUCACCUACGCCAGGAUGGAUAACCAGCACAUACCUGUAUUGUACACCAUGCCUGCUGCUACCUUCCCAAAUCCCUUGAUUCAAAACAGCCUCAAAGCUGCCCAUCACUUUCACACACUUCAAGAGGACAAUGAUCAAACUGCAACACUUGAUAUGUGUACGGAGGAUCAGCUGAUUACUCAAUUUGAGAAGCUCACAAGCAAUUUAGGUACUGGCACCCUUGCAUUGAAUAUUCUUGGCCCACUUGUUGCUUCCCUGGUGUACGGGAUCAAGGGGCUGCUGGUUUACCCCAAUGACGUGAAAAGAUUUGGCAUUGUGAAGCUUGCUCACUUCUUUGCCCUAGUAGACCACAUUCACACUCAACAGCCCAUUGAAGAACCUGUCUGGAACAAUACCCAAAAUCUGAUUCUAGAUACAAUUGAAGCCAUGUCUUUGCCUCAAGGUUUUGAAGCAGCAAGGGAAGCGGUUAAUUCUGGCAACUGUGAUGGUGACUGGCAUCAUCAAGAUUUGUCUAAAGUAGAACUGGCUGUCACCAUUGAAAGGGACCUUGUCAACUUUUGUGAAAGCAGGUCACUCUUUGAAGCAGGCAAUGCUUUUUCAGGGUUUCCUCUGCCAGACAUCCCUGCUGGACAAGGUCUGCCAAAGUGUUCCAAAAAAACCAGCAAAAGGCAAUGUAAUUCCUGGAAUCAGUAG